AUGUCCAAAUUCCUCGACUACUACCACCUCCUCAACAUCCCCGAGGAGAAACGCAACAACAACAACAACAACAACAACAACAACAGCAAAAUCGGACAACCAGCAACCCUUAUCCCUCCCCACGAACUUCGACAAGCCUACAAGCGUGCUCUACUCCACCACCAUCCCGACAAGCAGAAGAAGAAGAAAACCCAAGAAUCUACUUCUUCUCCAACGACAUAUCCUCCUCCUGCUGCAACCAUCGAUGAAAUUACCGAAGCCUAUCGCGUUCUGGGAAAUGCCUCUGAGCGUGCGAAAUAUGACGUGGAAUUACAGAAGUGGAAGACGAUGAAUAAUAAUAUUCAUCAUCAUAAUAAUCAACAUCAAGCGGAUGUUAUCAUCACAACGCGCCAUACGGGAAUAGAAAUUGUAGAUUUGGAAGACCUCGAUUUUGAAGUCGGAGGAUUAGAAAACGAAAAAGACGCUACUGCAACUGCAACUGCGACAGCGACUGGAAUCUGGAAACGUGCAUGUCGAUGUGGCAGUAUUCCUGCGUUUGUGGUGACGGAAGCGGAAUUGGAAAAAUCUGCGGAUGAGGGAGAGUUGGUGACGGGUUGUAAAGGGUGUAGUUUGUGGUUGAAGGUGAUGUUUACUGUUGAUGAUGAUGAUUGA